CCUUAACACACACCAUAAACCUUGUCCCGGGCUCCAUGCAGCAGAUCAGAAACAUAUCACUCAUCACUAACUGGCUGCGUUCGUUCAAGUUCAGCGCACUGGGCACAGCAUUGAAUGGCACAUGCAUGUAAAUAUACUACCUACUACCUAGGUUAGUAAUGCAUGCAUACAUAGUACAAUACCUUGGUCCUUUUUCGAGGCUCGAUAGUCAAACUGUCAAAGAGAGUGUUUCCACCGGCACAAGAAGACAUCCAUACUUUGACUUUGGUCUUGAGAUUUACCUACAAACUUAAGAGCCUGAUCGACUCACUUCUCAAACUCAGUUCAACACUGCCAGACCAUUUAACCCAUGAAACCAUAAAACCAUAAAACCACUGAUCAUUGUCUUCUUCGACCCAAGAAAAUAAAGCAUCACAAUCACAGUCAACUACUUGCAGGAGUUGUUGAGUUAACUGACGACGAGUUUUAUACCUAUUAAUGUAAAUUGCCCUAAAUUCUGAAUUUCCCGUCAGAAGUCAUAAAAAAGACAAGCAAACAUGAAACGCUCACGCGAGCCUGAAGACGAAGCGUCCUCAUCACCAGGACCCGACUUUAGUUCAGAUAAAACGUCGAAUGGCCCGAGCCCGACAGUAAUAGAAACGUUACCACCCACAAAAAUCGCCGGACUCGACGAAUCAGCUGAGGAAGACGACGACAAAGAUACAAGCGCCUUUACGAUGAGAUGCUCUCUUCCUCCCCACCGAGACGUGUUGUCGUUCAAGUCAUAUGCUGAGUAUGAAUCCCAUCACAAUAAAACUCACAUGAACCGAUGCGUAGAGUGCGCAAAGAACUUCCCGUCCGAGCAUCUCUUAAAUAUUCAUAUCGAAGAAUGUCACGAUGCCUUCGCAGCUGUGAGGAGAGAAAAGGGCGAACACACAUACUCAUGUUUUGUAGAGGGCUGUGAUCGUAAAUGUAGAACGCCUCAGAAGCGACGUAGCCAUCUCAUCGACAAACACAUGUAUCCGAAAAAUUACUUCUUUGCCGUUACCAAGGAGGGUGUCGAUGGCAGACAGUCGUUACUCCUCGAGGGCGGGCAUCGUCGGCGGAGGUCUUCUACGGCAACCAAUGCUGGUGGGACCAAGGGGACGGCAAGAAGACAGAGUCUCCGACAAACGGAAGUGCCCAAACCAAGUACAGAGGAGCCACAGGUACAAGCAGCAAAGGAUGGUUCUUCCCCGGUUGAAGUCCCGGACACUGAGAUGGAAGAUCUGGCCGGUGCAAUGUCAGCAUUACAGUUUGUCCCUACGAGCAUACGGUUUGGUCAUAGGAAAGGGAAAACGGGGUUUGUUAGACGGUAAGAAGACAAACAAGACUAACAAGACUAACGAAGAUACGCAAAAGCACACGAAAACCAAGAUGGAUGAAGAUAUGAGACAACGAUAUCAUGAAUUUAUACCUACGUAGCAUCAGGGGCGAAAUUUCAUAUGAAAAUCAAGCACUCGCCAGGGCAGUUUCUUGAAUUGACAUUUAGUCUAUUUUCUGGUUCC